AUGUUACAAAAUAUCUUGAACUUCUUGAUUUGUCAAUGUGCGAUCGGCAAACACAAGCAGAAAUGUGAAAUAGUACACAGAGAUCCUCCUUAUACACUUGGGACUCGGACGCUCAAAAACGACACGGCGGCUGCACGGUCACGCACCAUCUCCGCGCAGCCUCUGCACAGAAGCCGCACGGGCUCCGUACGAUUUCCGUGUGGAGACUGCACGGCAACUGCACUGAAAUUGCACGAUUUCCGUACAGUCUCCGCGCAGCCUCCGUACGGCUUUGCCCCGGCCUGCCCCCGAGGGUGCCCGUCAACCGAUCACAUGUACUUGAAAUCCGACUCUACCAAGGUCAAUCUUCUUGGCUUUAAAGCUGCAAAAAGUUCGCUAUGUCACUAUCCGUGCAAAUGUCCCAUAUCGGAACUGAAGUGCAACGAAGGCGUCAGUAUUGUUAAAGAUGGUUGUGGAUGUUGCUACAUGUGCGCCAGACAACGUGGCGAUAUGUGUUCAGUAAAAGACGUAUGUGACAUUCAGAAAGGACUUUACUGUGAAUCUGCUACCUGCCAAGCACAAGUAAAAAAAUCUUGCAACAUGGAUGGAGUUAUAUAUAAGGACGGACAGCAGUUCAAACCAGACUGUAGUCGAUUAUGCACAUGCCAGAAUGGCUUUCAUGGUUGCGUUAAUCAAUGUCAACAGGAGUCACAACAACCAUCAAGUGAUAAUUGUAGAAAUCCUAAACUACUGGCAGUUCCAGGGAAAUGUUGUAAACAAUGGACUUGUGAGAAAAGAGAAGAAUAUGCCCUUCGAGACUCGGCGGCACCAUUAGAGAGUCACAAUUUAAUUAUGCAGUGGCCCUUUAGAGCAUCUACAUCAUCUCCACUGCAUAAGCAACCGGAAACUUGCAACUUACGAACAACGAACUGGACGCCUUGCUCUGUUAGUUGUGGUAUCGGGGUGUCCGUUCGUGUGAUCGUCGAAUCUGGGCAAUGUCUGGCAGUUCAGGAAAGGAGACUAUGCUUUCUACGAGAAUGUAACAGGAAAAUCAGUACCCUGGGAAGAACAAAGUGCACACCAACAACCAGAGGAGGUAGAAAGUACACCAUUGAAUUUCAAGACUGCCGCAGCAUCAAAAAAUUUAACAUGAAAUUCUGCACGAACUGCAAAACAGAUAAAUGUUGCUACCCGAAGAAAACUCGUACACGUAUUGUGGAGUUUGAAUGCAGUGAUGGUCACCGUGUUUUUAUGAACUUUAUGUGGAUUAAACGUUGUCAGUGUGACAAAACAUGCUACGACCACAAAAAACGCAAUACCCCGGUAAAGUGGACAAAAAAACAAGCAUAAUACAAACAGAAUCCUGAUAUAUUCUGAUCUGGAAAUUCGUAACCAACGCAAACCUUUUGUUAGUCUCCCGAGCAUAAGUUGUGAUGAAGUAACUAAUCGGAGUGGCAGUCCUCUUGUGUCGGUGCAAGAAGGAUGAAAUCUCCAGUAAAAGGCUGUCCUAUAAACUAGAUAUUCAUGGAAUUAAUCACCAUUUUGCUAAAUACUCACUUGACUCUGCAUUGUGCAGAGAUACAGCCCUGAUUACGUAUGACGGUUUUGUCGUUUAUAAUUAGAAAUAUGAUGAAUGCUAUUGGGUUUGUGUGUAAAAUUGUAAAAUGAUGACGUUAAUUGUAUAACCAUUGAAAUUACGAGGUCGCAUUGUAAGUCCACAAUGUAGAAUGAGUUUUAUGUCAUCUGACAGGGUGCAUACUACCAAAUCAAAUCCCAUAGACGACAAUAGUAACAUAUGUGGCUAAAACGCCUACCUGCAGCGUAUCA